AUGUCCUCCUCAAGCGAAACCCCCAAAACCUGGUACACAGGCAGCUGCCACUGCGGCGCCGUCCGCUACUCAGUCGCCCUUGACCUAUCCAACCCGUCCUUCGAAGCGACCAAGUGCAACUGCAGCAUCUGCCUCAAGACGAACCGGUUAGGCGUUCGAAUCCCCGACCCAGAGCAGAGCUUCAAGCUGCUCUCGCCGGCCUCGCUGGAUGAUGUACCAGCCUACCGAUUUGCCACCAAGCAGAGCCAGCACCGGUUCUGCAACAAAUGCGGCAUCCAUCUUCUCUGCCACGGAGAAUAUGAGUAUGAGGGCCAAGUCCACAAGGUCUUCAGCAUCAAUGCCGUCACGCUGGACCCGGACCAGGAGGGGCUGGAUUUGCGCGAGUGGAAGGUUCGUUUUUGGGACGGGAAGAAGGAGAAUUGGAAUGCUGGGCCGGCGGAGAAGCCUUACCCCGGCGGCAGCUACUAUUGA